AUGGCUCCUCAGAAUCGCCGGUUUGCCAACCACCCAGGCGCGAAAGAGGCGCCAGCCUCUGCGCUGGAAUACCGCCAAGAGAAGGACAAGAACCCGGCCCUUCGCGGGCUGCCGCUCGUAGUCGCCUCAAUUAUAGCCGAAAGCUCAGAAUGGAUCCGGAAACUGCUCUGGGCGAACGCCAACUUCGGCCAGCCCCGGCUCAUCUCCGACCUCGAGGGCGUGCCGUGGCGGAUCCAUCCCAACGUCAUCCCCCUCGCUGACGACAGCGCCCCGGCAGCGGGCAUGCUCGAGCUGGGGCCCGAGCUGCAGCAGCCGCAGCCCGCCGACCUCGCCGGCCGCUUCUACUCGGCAGCCGACUACCACGCGCUGUACAAGUCCGGGCAGGCGACGCCGCUGCAGGUGGCCGAGGCGCUGCUGCCGCUCAUCCGCCGGGACGUGCAGGAGCAGUCCAAGUACGCGGUGGCCUGGACGCAGAGCAACGUGGACGAGGUGCUGGCUGCGGCACGGGCGUCGACGGAGCGGUGGGCGGCGGGCACGCCGCUGGGCAUCUUGGACGGCGUGCCCUUCGGUGUGAAGGACGACGUCGACGUGAAGGGGUUCGUGUCGACGAUGGGCAUGAAGGUGGACAAGACGCAGGAGUACUUCAACAAGCCCGCGAAGGAGACGGCUUGGCCAGCGCGCCGGCUGGAAGAGGCCGGCGCAAUCAUGAUGGGGAAGAUGAACCAGCAUGAGGUGGGCAUGGACACAACUGGCUGCAACCCGGCCACCGGAACGGCCACCAACUGGUACAACAAAUCGUACUACACAGGCGGGUCGUCGGCAGGCGCAGGGUCCGCGCUCAGCGGCGGCCUUGUUCCCAUCACCGUCGGGACAGACGCAGGCGGCAGCGUCCGGAUCCCCACCGCCUUCUGCGGCGUCUACGGCCUCAAGCCGACCCACAACCGGACCUGCGGCAUGAGCUCGUCCGUGUGCGUCGUAGGGCCCAUGACCGCGACCGCGGCCGACCUGACGAUCGCCUACCGGUUCAUGGCGCAGCCCAUCCCCGACGACCCGGCGCAGAACCUCUUCGCCGUGUCCACGCCGCCGGACCCUUCGGCGCCCAAAUACCUCGGCAUCUGCCGCGAGUGGGUGGCCACGGCGUCGCCCGACGUGCAGCGCAUCUACGACGCGGCCGUGGCCCACCUGACCAGCCGGUGCGGCUACACCGCGGUCGACAUCCGCCUGCCCUUCCUGCGCGAGGGGCAGAUCGCGCACGCGGCGACGUGCCUGACGGAGGCGGCGGCGGACGCGCGCGGGCGCACGCGCAACCCGGCGCACUACCUGCGGCUGCUCAACCGGCCGAACCGCAUCAACGUCGGCAUCGGCGCGCAGACCCCCGCGGCCGACUACCUGCGCUACGGGCAGCUGCGCCAGGUGCUGAUGCAGCACCUCGCCUUCCUGUUCGCCGCGCACCCGGGCCUGCUGGUGCUGACGCCCACGACGCCCAUGGCCGGGUGGCCGCGCCACGCGGGCGACGACGCGUACGGGAGCAGCGACGGCAACCAGACGAUCCGCAGCAUGCGGUUCGUGUGGGUCGCCAACAUGAGCGGCUGUCCCGCCGUGACGUGCCCGGCCGGGUAUGUCGAGCCGGCGCAGGGCGAGGGGAUGUUGCCGGUCGGGCUGAUGGCUAUGGCUGAGUGGGGGAUGGAGGAGCAGCUUCUGGGGUUUGCGCGCGAGGUCGAGGGAUACUUGAAUGAGGCCUAUCCGGGCGGGAGGCGGCGGCCGGAGGAGUGGGUGGAUGUGAUUGGGUUGGCGAAGGAGAAGGCGGCGAAGGACAAUGCGGCGAAGCGGGGUUCAGAGUACCUGAGGUAGGAAGGAAGGGAAGGAUAUCCGGACAGAGGUAGGUAUACUCCGCUUGUGAUGCCAUAUCUAUCCGUGAGGCAGUUCGAAUUUACUCGAAAGUAGGAUUGCUCAACCUGGGCAAAUAUGCGAACCUAAUCCUACU